GUUCUCCAAAAGCAUGUUUGCUACUGUAGUUAGAAACAUACACCUAGCUGCCAUCCAGCACCUUUCACCGAAUUUUCCAGGAUAUAUCUCACCAUGCACGGUCAAAACUACAGCAAAGCAACGCAAGGAGUGUGUCUAGUGGCUCUGAUUCUUAUGCAUCAGGUGUGUGCUAGUCAAAUAGGAAGCCAUGAUUCAAGGCUGAGCCUCCAGCAGGGCACCAAGCUACUGCAACGGAGAACCCGCAUGACCCCUCUGUGGAGGUUCAUGGGUACCAAGCCCACUGGGGCCUACUGCCGAGACCAUUUUGAGUGCUCCACCCAAAUCUGCAGAAGGGGCCACUGUGCCCUCAAUGGGGCGGUUCAUUCCUAGAAGUGGAGGAGCCAGAGGUUUCUUCUCACCAAUCAGAGAACAUUGACUAAUGUUUUAAUAAAGUUGAUUUACGUAACAAGCCUGUCAAGAAACUUCACAGACAUGGUGAAACAUCUCAGAUUGCAAACUUAUUUUUUUUUAAUGUAGGCCAGGGAUUAAACAUUUUGAAAUUAGAGGAAUGGUUUUAUCAACUUGGUGUAUAUUCAUCUCACAUGUACUUGAAAGCACUUUAACUUACCAUUUAUAUGUAUGUACUGUAUAAUACUACAACUCAAGAGCCUUGAAACUAUUUUUUUUUGUAUUUUAUUUGGUAUUUUAUUAGGAUCCCCAUUAGCUGUAUCGAAAGCAGCAGCUAUUCUUAUUGGGGGUCCACACAAUGAUCACCAUUAAACAUUGCGCAAAUGUCCUCCAUGUAUCCUGACAUCCUACACAACAGUGUUUAGUUGAAAUGUUUAGUAUGCAAUGUUAACUGAUAAGAAGUGUGUACUAAAGUGAAUAUGAACCAUUCAUCCAUGUACCGCAUAAAACUGUACUGUAACGAUUCUUGCUCACUCAUGUCUAAUGUCUUCGUAGUGAUUUUUAUAGAAACGCUAUAAUGAAGAGGCAUAAUGUUCGAUGUAUUUGAAAAAAAGAAGCACAACAAAGAUUUUGCUCACAAAUGAAGCGAUGAUGAAAAAUGUGCAUAAGAGCAUACUGUAAAGGAGUGUCUGCCAACAUGUACAUUUAACAAGAGAAAACACACUUAAAGUUGCAAAAAUAAAAGUAUGCUUCUGAUAA